CUCGUUCUCACCCGAGAACAGCUCGAGUUGCUCCGUUUCUUUCCCUCCGUCUUCUUCCCUGCGGCUUUGGAUGUUUUUCUCAUCCCUUGGAGGAAGGACAGAGCAGGCUGACGCCGUUAGGCGUAUGAAGUCACAGGGAUCAUUGAUUUGCCUUUGUUCCACAAAGCCAAAGAAAACCAACUCCCAAGCUACUUCAGCCGUCAACUACCUGCCCGCGAAUUCAGCAGCUGACUCCGUCUUAUUGACGCCUCCUGUUUUUAUUCUUCGGUGUUGAACCCAUCACGGUUGGAACGGAAAUCAGGCAUACUGCUGUGGACAGCGUGACCCUGAAAGUGGACAUUGAUCUCCAGGUCUCCCCGCCAGAGGGCCUCUGCGGAGACGUCAGUGAGGGAAACAUGUGCUAGAAGUUCAACGUCUGUCCUGAACGACUGGUCAGCUUUGACUGUGGAAGAUGAGCAAUGAAGACGAGUUCUACGACGCCGUCACAGGCCUGGAUUCGGAUGAGGACGAGGGGGCGUCGGAGGCCAGUUUCAAGGAUGCACAAGUGUUCGAUAGCAGCCGACAGAAGAACAAUGGAUCCGUCCCACAAGAGAACGGCAUCAAGAAACACAGGACGUCUCUACCUGCACCCAUGUUUUCCCGAAACACAAUCAGCGUCUUUAGCAUCCUGAAGAAGUGUAUUGGACAAGAACUGUCCAAGAUCACCAUGCCCAUUGUGUUUAACGAGCCUCUGAGUUUUCUGCAGAGGAUCACAGAAUACAUGGAACACACAUACCUCAUCAACAGAGCCUGCUCACUGUCCGACUCCACGGAGCGCAUGCAGGCGGUAGCUGCUUUCGCUGUCUCAGCAGUCGCAUCGCAGUGGGAGAGAACUGGAAAACCCUUCAACCCUUUGCUGGGGGAGACCUAUGAACUCAUCAGAGAAGAGCAGGGCUUCCGGCUGGUGUCGGAGCAGGUUUCCCAUCAUCCACCGGUCAGUGCCUUCCACGCGGAGAGCCUGGUCGGGGACUUUGUUUUCCACGGGUCCAUUUAUCCUAAACUCAAGUUCUGGGGCAAGAGUGUUGAGGCAGAGCCUAAAGGGACCAUCACACUAGAGUUACUCAAGCACAAUGAGACGUACACCUGGACAAACCCUACCUGCUGUGUGCACAAUAUUAUUCUGGGAAAACUAUGGAUAGAGCAGUAUGGCACCGUGGAAAUCCUUAACCACAGCACUGGAGACAAGUGUGUGUUAAACUUCAAGCCGUGUGGGAUGUUUGGCAAAGAGCUGCACACAGUGGAGGGAUACAUCCAAGACAAGAGUAAAAAGAAACUCUGCGUCAUCUAUGGAAAGUGGACGGAGUGCAUGUGGAGCGUGGAUCCUCAGGUCUACGAGAGCCAAAAAAAGUCCGAGAAGAAGGGAGACGGCAAAAAGAAUAAAAAUGAGGAGGUCGACAGAGCCGUCAACGACGACGCAGACGACAUGCCCGACGUCCAGGAGACUGUGUCCGUCGUACCGGGAAGCACGCUGCUGUGGAGGAUAGAUCCCAGGCCAGCACACUCGUCAACGAUGUACAACUUCACUAACUUUGCGAUGUCGCUGAACGAGCUGGAGCCCGGCAUGGAGGGCAUCUUGGCCCCCACGGACUGCCGCUUCAGGCCCGACAUCAAAGCCAUGGAGAAUGGCAACAUGGACGAGGCCAGCCAAGAGAAGGAGAGACUGGAGGAGAAGCAGAGAGCUGCGAGGAAGGAGCGAGCCAAGAGCAAUCAGGAGUGGUCGACCAGGUGGUUUCAGUCGGGCACCAACCCGUACACGGGCUCCCAGGAUUGGAUCUACUCUGGUGGCUACUUCAACAGGAACUACCGCAACCUGCCCGACAUCUACUGAGAGCCCAGAAGCCUUCAUCCCCCUCGUCCUCCUCCUCGUCUGUAACCCGUGGCGAUGCGCUGAGUCCACAGACCUGGCACAAGGUUUCUGUUUUCACUCGGAGUGGAUUUGGACUCAUCUUGUCGUCUUACCUUCAUAAAGACCAGCGAACCUUCUCCGUCUCUCAGCCUGAACAUCUUCUAGAGCACAAAAACCAUUUGAUCCCCGACCAGCUCACAUUAAACAAACUCAGAGUCUGAAUGUUCAUCAUCUUUACAAUCCGCUUUGAGGAGCUGCUGAACCAGCCUUUGGAUCCCAGCGUUUAAAAAAAAAACAGUUUAAAAUGAAUGAAAAUCAGCAAGAACUGAGACGAGCACGGACCUCCGGACGGACACCCAGUCAGCGGGGAAAUCAGGGAUGUGAACGCUCCUUUGACUGAAGUCGGAACUCCAGGGAAGUUUUUUUUUCUUUUUUGCCCAUUUUGUGCAAAGACUCGAACACUCAAAAUAAAUAUAGGCAACAUAUUACUCUCUAAGGAACAUUUAUGUAAGUAUGUAUGUUGGUUAAAAUGGUGAAAACGAAUCUAAUGAAAGCUUGAGCUCACUACUGUUUCAUAUCCUUAAGACAUUUAGUUCCCGUAGUCCAGCUUUAUGUAAGUUAAUACCGCUACUAAGAAAUGGGUUUUUCUCGACAGCGGCGCCGAAUGUGCAGCUGGAGAGGCGCCAGAAAUAAACUAAUGCUAAUGAAAGCGAGCGCGGCUGUUAGCAUGUCGGAGCCCCUGCACGGCUUUGACGACCAGGCCGGCGGCUUCUUUCUUCACGGCAGGAAAUAAGAAGUGAAUGUGUUUGUGCAGCGUGCGUCACUGACGAACCGCUGAAGAUCAUGCAGAUGUUGAUGAAUGCAGAUGAAUUAAACCGGACGAAGUCUCUCCACCUCAGUGAUUGAACACAAACGCUUCAAUGGAACCGUGAGCUUUUUGUUUCUCAUCCACAUUCCAGUUUAAGCGAUUUCCAUUCCGUUACAUUAGUAAUUUUUGUGGUGACUUUUCAGAGACGGAAAACACUUCAGCUUAUGAGAUUUUUAGCAUUCCAUAUUGAAAGAGUCGGACCUGUUGAAACUCAUCGGCUGCUUUGCUCUCUCAUCUAAAACCUCAGAUCGGCUCCCUUCAGGGGUUUCCUUACCUCAGAAGUUUCAUUUGACCCUCUGCUUGUGUCUUGACCUUUAAUUUGACAACACGGAGACUCGAAAUCGGCCUUCUUUAAAUUCCACAGUGGAUAAACUCCACCCUCCAGCACUCGCCCUGCAUGAGAAAGACAAAUUUCUCCAAAAUUUUCUGGCAAAAGCGACUCUAUGCAACUCCCUUCACGUGAUGACUGUCCAAACACUUUCUCUGUCACUUACUACAUUGUGAGGACCAACAUUCAACACACUCAUUCUGUUGCAGGAUGACAUGUUGGGACUUGAUUGUUUCUUGUUUUGCCUUUUUAGUUUAUUUAAGCUGAUUGAAACGACUCGGUCUAUUAGUCCCUGCAUCCAGAUCACACCUUGUGUUUUAAAAAAAGCCUCCCGUGACGCUCAGUGCCUGAAUGAUUUGUUAAUUUAGGUUGUUUUAUUCAUUUUUAUUUAUAAUUGACAUUUUAUGAGAAAGUUCUGUUGUCUUUUAAUUGUUUUCUUAAUUUUUUUUUUUCUUUUGCAGAUGCAGCUGAGAUGACUUAAUUUUUGUAUUUUUACCUAAAAGCGAAUUAGAUUUUUCUUCAUUGGAAGAGCAGGGAGUCUGAACAGGGCUUGAAGUGAACCUCAUUCACCAGCUAUUUCCACUUAAAAAAAAAAUAACAGAUCAGAUGUUCCAAUUAUUCCAUUUUCCUGCUUCAUUUCACCCAUAAAACCCAGAAUGUAUUUUUGUGUCUUCAUUCUCCAAACACUACUGGAGUUUGGGUGAAAAGGAAUAUUCAUCUGAAGCUGUGAAAGGAAGAGCAGCCUGUCGAUUUUAUCCAGGAGCUGCUAAAAUGGUUCAAUAGUGCAUUAAAAAAAAGCAAACUUGGUGCUGAUUCAGGCUCUGCAGCUCGAACAACUAAUGCUCUGUAUCUCAACUGGUAUUUAUGAUGCCUUCACUGUCAGUUCUCUCUAUGAAACUACAAUUGCAUUUAUUCUCCUCGGACUGUAAAAUGUGGCUGAUAUUAUAAAUGUGUUGCACAAAGUAAUCACAACAGCAUUUUAUUUUGUGCAAUUGAUUUAUUUUUAUAGUAUUUAAAGUGUUUUUUUUUUUGUUUUGUUUUUUUGGUGAUAACAUUGUACCAGAGAUUUUAUUUGGAGGUGGGGGAAUGUAACGGGGCCGCAUUCGGGCUGUGGACAGUUUUGCUAGUUGAAUGAGUGAAUGUGAGGAAAGUGUCUACUAAUAAAAUCCUAAUUUCA